GACGUUACUUCAGACGUCAUUCGGGUUUGGCAAGCAGGAACCGAGAGCUAUUGUCACUAGCUGGUGCACGGUAUUGGACUCUACACAACAAUGGCUGACCAGUUGAGUGAAGAGCGCAUUAAUGAGCUGCGAGACGCGUUCCUGGUGUUUGACAAGGAUGGGGACGGCACGAUCAACACCUCGGAGCUGGCCACGGUGAUGCGGUCACUCGGCAUGAACCCGACCGAGGCAGAGAUUCAGGACAUGAUGGCGGAGAUGGACUCCGAUGGCAGCGGCGAGAUCGACUUUGACGAGUUUCUGGGGCUGAUGGGGCAGCGGAUGCAGGAUGUGGACGAGGAGGAGGAGCUCAAAAACGCCUUCAAAACGUUUGAUAAGGACGGAGACGGGUACAUCACGCCGGCGGACCUGCGGGUGGUGAUGACGAACCUGGGAGAGAAGCUGACGGAUGACGAAGUGGACGAAAUGAUCCACGACGCGGAUCAGGACGGGGACGGCAAGAUCGACUAUGACGAAUUUGUGCAGAUGAUGUGUGGGGGCAAGUGAUCGUCACAUGGCCACCCCGUCCCUCCUUGAAAUUGUACAUACAGAUACAUGUUUUCUAGCGUUGUCACAAACUCCGUCCGUAUCAUCAAACUGGCGAGGACUUCUGAUAUUCGCGCAGUAUUGUAGACCCAUGGGUACCCUUUUUUCUGGUUUCAAAAAGUCAGAGUUGCUCAAACGUCAUCGUACUCUCCAAGCAGAGGUUACUCUGACUUGUGUCGGAUGUCUCUUUAAUGCUUUUUAUUCUGUAAGGAAGUAUUUCGGUUCAACAGUUGUAGACAAAAUGAAAACACUGUGAAUAGACAAAAAAACAC